GAGCCUUUGGGAUGGAAAUUGUCCUCCCAAUCCGGCAACACUGACGCAUUACGCACGUUCUCGAUUACGUCGCCUGGUGUACCAACACACACCGACUGAACGGAGAAGCAGUCUCUUGCUUUUACCGACACUUUUGACUAGCGGUUUAUUUUGAAAGUCGAUCAUGUCGGUGAAUUACGCAGCCGGUCUCUCUCCCUAUGCGGAUAAAGGUAUCUGCGGUCUCCCUGAGAUAUUUGACAGCCCAGAGGAGUUAAAGACUAAAGUGGAGACUUUGGCCCAGUGGAUCAGGGACUCUCAGUACAUGGUCGUACAUUCAGGGGCUGGAAUCAGCACCUCAACAGGGAUCCCAGACUUCAGAGGACCUAAGGGAGUGUGGACGAUGGAGGAGAGAGGAGAGACGCCUCACUUCAACACCACAUUUGAGGACGCACGUCCGAGUCUCACUCACAUGGCCCUUCUGCAGCUCCAGAAAGCCGGACAUCUCAAAUACCUCAUCAGUCAGAAUGUGGACGGGCUUCACUUGCGCUCCGGAUUUCCCAGGGAUCGACUCUCAGAACUCCACGGGAACAUGUUUGUUGAAGAAUGUGAGAAAUGUGGCAAACAAUACGUUCGGGACGCAGUAAUUGGAGUGAUGGGACUGAAGCCAACCGGACGCUACUGUGAUGUCAUACGUUCCAGGGGACUCAGAUCCUGCAGAGGCAAACUGAUCAGCACUAUAUUGGACUGGGAGGACUCGCUGCCUGAGAGAGAUCUCAACAGAGCAGAAGAAGCGUGCAGGCGAGCAGACCUGGCCUUGACAUUGGGUACUUCUCUGCAAAUCAAACCUAGUGGAGAUCUGCCGCUGUUAACCAAACGCACUGGAGGCAAAGUGGUUAUAGUCAACCUUCAGACCACCAAACACGACAAGCAUGCACACCAGCGUAUCUACGGCUACGUCGAUGAAGUCAUGGGUCAGCUGAUGAAACUUCUGGGAUUGGAGAUUCCUGAUUGGACGGGGCCGACACUGUGCGAGACUUCAGGUGGAGACCUGGACAUCCUUCCAUUUGGAGCUUGGAAAAAGGAAGUCAAGAUUGAGCUGAAGAUUGAAGAAAAGAAAGAAACAGUCCCAAAGAAAAGAAAGAAGAGAAAGGCAGACAGCAAGAGAAAUGUAGAGAAGGAUGUUAAGAUAGAAAAAGAGGUGAAAAAAGAGGACAACGAAGCAACAUCAGCAAGCAAACAUAAAGAUGAUGUCUCCAGUGACUCUAUACCAAUCAAGACACAGAACUUGGGUUCUUUAAACGGCUCCUCCAAGAAUUCUCUCUGUUCUUCUGAUGUUAAUAGCACAGUAACGGAAACUUCAGAUGAAAAUAAAAACACAGACGAGUGCUCUUCAUAGAGACAAUAACACAAUGACAAAAGCUGAAUAUCAAAACUCAGGCCACCAUUUGUUCUUCUGUCAUUUCAAACCUCCUGCAUAAUUUGCUUCUAAACACACCUGAACCAGCUUUCUUCUAUCAGGACACCUCUGAAACGUCAUGAUCAUGUUUAGAUCAUGUGUUUAUCUAAGCUUAGGUCUCAGACUAAAAGAGCGAGAUCAGGUAUGUUAGAUACUACAGUAAGUGCCCGUAGGGAUAUAGUGUGUUUUGUAGAGAUAUCAAACAGAUAAAAGUGAUGUCAUAGAAGGUUGAUUGUGCAAUAUUACUGAUACUUACAGUAGUGGACAGAUUGGGUGGGGUAGGGAUUUAUAUCCGCUGGCUAAACUCACAACUCAUCGCCGCCAGGAUCUCAAUUCAGGUCAAAUUGGUCAAAAACAUGCUCUGCUCAUAUUCUACUCCGUUGUGAUGAAAAAAAUACAUAAAGACAUUUAAAGGAGUAGUUUAAAUGAAAAUUCUGUUAUUUAUUCACCCUCAUGUAGAUCUAAACCUGUGGUUUUGUGUUCAUGGGAUGGAAGUCAAUGGGGUUCAGUGUUGUUUGGUUACCAAUGUUCUUCAAAAUUAUAUAAUGUCUGCAGAUGAUCGUUGGAUUCGGAAUAACAUGAGGGUAAAUAAAUGAAGGAAUUUAGAUUUUUUAAUGAUCCGUCCCGUUUUAUAUAGAGGUUUUAUGCAGAAUGACAUUAUCAUGACUAUAGUUUACUAGUGGAAGAUGUAAAAUUGGUGGAUGAAGAGUACUUCUGUUUACCUUUAAAUAUAAUGCAUUUCUGCAAAAUACAAAACUGAUUUAAUAGUCGUAAAAACAAGCCUCACUGUCUUGAUUGUAUUUACAUUUUGGCGUGAAAUAAGAACUAAACAUGUUUCAUGAGAUUCCCUUUUAAAAAGUGAGAAUACAGGGAUGUUUUUCUGUGUGUUUGGAGAGAUUGUGAGCUUUCGAACUGUUUGUUUAACACUGAUGCUUUAAAACGAUUGUUCUCUGUGCAGUUUUUUUCUUUUAUCUUCAACUGUAUCAUGUGUUUAUUUUUUGCCUUUCUACCUUUUUUUAUGAAGACUUGACAUAUAUACAUAAACAAGGCAGUGAAACUG